AUGGGUUGGCCCAUGGCCUUCAACCUUCGCUCGAAGCUGGGACCGGAGAAGACCAUCCUCAUCAGUGACGUCUCGGAAGAUGCGAUAGCACGAUACCUGAAGGAGACCGAGGGCAAAGGCCCCGUCAAGAUCGUCAAGAAUGGAUUUGACGCUGUCCAACAGGCGGACAUGGUCGUGACGAUGCUUCCCACCAGCCCAGCCGUCAAGGCCGUCUACCUGGACCCCAACACCGGCAUCCUCGCGGGCGUCAAGAAAGCCGCCGAGACGUCGAAAAUCAACAAGAUCAUCAUGGAAUGCGGCACCAUCGAGACGGCCACCAUCCUCUCAGUCAACGAAGCCACCAACCAAACGGCCAGCGCCCUCCCCAGCGGCUCCACCGUGACCUUCGUCGACGCGCCCGUGUCGGGCGGGCCCAUGGGUGCCGAAGCCGGCACGCUGACCUUCAUGGUGGGCGCCAACGACAAAUCCGUCUUCCCCCUGGUGCGCGACGUGCUGCAGCACAUGGGCAACAAGGACGGCAUCUUCCUGUGCGGCGACGUCGGCGCCGGCACGGCCUUCAAGGUCAUCAACAACUACCUGUCCGCCAUCACGAGCCUUGCCGCCUCGGAAGCCAUGAACAUCGGCGCCAAGAUGAACCUGGACCUCAAGCUGUUGACCGACGUCAUCAACGCCUCGGGGGGCCAGUGCUGGGUCACCAGCAAGAGCAGCCCCGUCCCCGGCAUCCACGCCAACGCGCCCGCGAGCCGCGGCUACGAGGGCGGGUUUCGCAUCGAGCUGUGCAAGAAGGUGCUGCAGAUGGGCACGGAUCUGGGUCAGAUGGUCGGCGCGCGCACCAUUCUCGACAAGCCCACGCUGGCGGCGUUUGAGGAGGCGGCCGCGGAUCCAAGGUACGCGGGCAAGGAUGCGCGUGUCGUGUAUAAAUGGUUGAACGAGAGUGAGAACAAGUAA